AAUAGCAGUGCAUGCUGGGAUACAUCAACAAGCUGUGAUGUAGUGCUGUGGUGAAGUUGUUUGUGGCGGAUAAGCUAGUCGCAAAAGUAAAAUGAAGCGCGUUUUCACCCUCUCGGAGAAAGCGUGGAGUGGCUCAUGUUUGCAGUACAAAUGGCAAAAGGCGUUGGGCAAUUAUCUCGCUGUUGCUGGGUCUGACAAUUCUGUAAAAAUCUUUGAUCGUCAUGGACAAAAGAAGAACGAACUUAACUUGCCAGGACGGUGUCUGGCAAUGGACUGGGAUAAGGAUGGGGACAUGCUCGCUGUUAUUGCAGAUAAGUCUAGUGCCAUAUACUUGUGGGAUGCAAAUGUCAACAAGACCUCUCAGCUGGACAGUGGCAUGAGGGACCAAAUGUCCUUCGUUUUGUGGUCAAAGCUGGGGCCCUUGUUGGCGGUCGGCACGGCCAAGGGCAACCUGCUCAUCUACAACCAGCAGACUUCACGAAAGAUCCCCGUUCUCGGGAAGCACACGAAGCGGAUCAUUUGCGGCUGCUGGAGUUCCCAGAACUUGCUGGCGCUGGGCGGCGAGGACAAGGUUCUGACCAUCAGCAACCACGAGGGGGACACCAUCCGACAGACGUCCGUGCGCUCCGAGCCAGGGGACGUCCAGUUCUCCGUAAUGAAGACCGACGAGAGGGCCUCACCGGGGGAGAGCACCGUCAGUGUGGUGGUUGGGAAGAAGACCCUGUUCCUCUUCAACCUGAAUGACCCAGACAACCCCAUCGAGUUGGCUUUUCAGCAACGCUAUGGCACUAUCAUCGCCUACCGGUGGUACGGCGACGGCUACAUCAUGAUCGGUUUCUCUCAGGGCUACUUUGUGGUCAUCUCCACUCACAUCAGAGAGAUUGGCCAGGAGCUCUUCCAAGCACACAACCACAAGGACAGCCUGACCAGCAUCGCCAUCUCCCAGUCGCUCAACAAGGCGGCGUCCUGUGGGGACAACUGCAUCAAGAUCCACGAUCUCACAGAACUGAAAGAGAUGUAUGCCAUUGUGAACCUCGAGGACGAGACCAAAGGUCUGGACCAGCUCUCCUGGACAGAUGACGGGCAGCUGCUGGCCAUCUCCACCCAGCGGGGGACGCUCCAUGUGUUCCUCACCAAGCUGCCCAUCCUGGGGGACACCUGUGGAACUCGCGUGGCCUACCUGACCUCUCUGCUGGAGGUCACCGUGGCCAACCACGUGGAGGGGGAAGCACUGGUCGCAGUUUCUGUGGAGGUGGAGCCCAACUUCAUCGCCGUGGGACCGUACCACGUCGCCGUGGGAAUGAACAACCGUGCUUGGUUUUAUAGCCUGGGAGAGAAUGGGGUGGACAGGCUGAGGGACACCGAGUAUUUGGGCACGGUGGCCUGCAUGUGCGUGAACAGCGACUACGCCGCCGCCCUCUUCGAGGGGAAGGUGCAGCUUCACACGAUCGAGGGGGAGGAGCAGGAUGUACAGGAGGACAGGCAGACGCGCCUGUUCCCAGGUCGAGACGACAAGUGCCGCAUUACAAGCCACGCCCUCACCGCCGACUUCCUGUUCUACAGCACGGACACCGGAGUGAUCCAGUGCUUCUACAUAGAGGACUGGCAGUACAUCAACGAGCACCGUCACUCAGUGGGCAUCCGGAAGAUCGUCCCUGACCCCAGCGGCACACGGCUGGUUUUCAUCGACGAUAAGAGCGACGGCUUCCUCUACUGCCCGGUGAACGAGUCUGUGUUUGAAAUCCCCAGUUUCUCACCAACGAUAAAAGGAGUUCUGUGGGAAAACUGGCCCACAGACAAGGGUGUGUUCGUGGCCUACGACGACGACAAGGUUUACACCUACGUCUUCUACAAGAACACCAUCCAAGGCUCCAGAGUCAACUUGGCUGGGGGCACGAAACUGCCCUUUUCCCACAAGCCUUUGCUGCUGUACAAUGGGGAGCUGACGUGCCAGACCCCGAGCGGGAAGACCAGUAGCCUCAUCUUGAGCACACACACCUUCCUGGAGAGCAGGAGCAAGGAUGCUGCCCCCGCUGACCUCAGGAACAUGCUCACGCAGGCGCUGAUGCUCAAGAGGUUCUCGGCAGCCUGGGAGCUGUGCAAAGCCCUGAACAGCGGCGACUGCUGGUCAGAACUGGGUCACGCCUGCAUGCUUCACGUGGAGGUGGAGCUGGCCAUCCGCGUCUAUCGCAUGGUGCGCAACGUGGGCAUGGUCACGUCCCUGGAGGACAUCAAGGGCAUCGAGGACCAGAACCUCCUGGCCGGACACCUGGCCAUGUUUACUAAUGACUUCAACCAGGCGCAAGACCUGUACCUGGUGUCCACGUGCCCCAUGGCCGCCCUGGAGAUGCGGCGGGACCUCCAGCACUGGGACAGUGCACUGCAGCUAGCCCAGCGUCUGGCCCCCAAGGAGAUCCCUUUCAUCUCCAAAGAGUAUGCUGUGCAGCUGGAGUUUGUGGGUGACCAUGUGAAUGCCUUAUCUCACUACGAAAAAGGGAUCACUGGUGACAGCCAGUUCCAGGAGCACGACGAGGCGUGUCUGGCCGGACUCGCUCGCAUGUCCAUCCGGAUGGGCGACAUCCGGCGCGGGGUCAAUCAGGCUAUCAAACACCCCAGCAGGCAGCUGAAGAAGGACUGUGGGAGCAUCCUGGAGAGCAUGAAGCAAUUUUCUGAGGCAGCCCAGCUGUUCGAGAAGGGCCAGUAUUACGACAAAGCUGCCUCUGUCUACAUCCGCUGCAAGAACUGGGCCAAAGUGGGUGAGCUCCUGCCCCAGGUGACUUCCUCCAAGAUCCAUCUGCAGUACGCCAAGGCCAAGGAGGCCGACGGCAGGUACAAGGAGGCAGCGGCUGCCUACGAGAGUGCCAAGGACUGGGACAGCGUGAUCCGCGUGCAGCUGGAGCACCUGAAGAGCCCAGAGGAGGCCGUGCGCAUCGUGCGGGACACGCAGUCCAUCGAUGGGGCCAAAAUGGUGGCGCGGUUCUUCCUGCGCCUCAAUGACUACGGCUCGGCCAUACAGUUCCUGGUCAUGUCCCGGUGCAACGACGAGGCCUUCCAGCUGGCCCAGCAGCACGCCCAGAUGGAGGUGUAUGCGGACAUCAUCGGGUCUGAUGCCACCAUGGAGGACUACCAGAGCAUCGCGCUCCACUUCGAGGGUGAGAAGAAGCACCUGCAGGCGGGCUGCUUUUUCCAGAAGUGUGGCCAGCACAGCCGGGCCCUGAAACACUUCCUGAAGUGCCGCAGUACGGAGGACAGCCUGGCGACCGAGAUGGCCAUCGAGACGGUGGGCCAGGCCAAAGAUGAGGCGCUGACGAACCAGCUGAUCGAUUACCUCAUGGGGGAGAGCGACGGGGUGCCCAAGGAUGCCAAGUACCUGUUCCGGCUCUACAUGGCCCUGAAGCAGUACCGCGAGGCGGCCCGGACAGCCAUCAUCAUCGCCCGCGAGGAGCAGUCCGCAGGGAACUACCGGAAUGCCCACGAUGUUCUCUUCAGCAUGUAUAUGGAGCUCCACAGCCAGAAGAUCAAGAUCCCCGCAGAAAUGGCCACAAACCUCAUGAUCCUGCAUAGCUACAUUCUAGUUAAGAUCCAUGUAAAGAGAGGCGACCACUUGAAGGGAGCACGCAUGCUUAUUAGAGUCUCCAACAACAUUAGCAGGUUUCCCUCGCAUGUGGUGCCCAUCCUGACGUCGGCUGUGAUCGAGUGCCACCGUGCCGGCCUCCGGAACUCGUCUUUCGGCUUUGCCGCUAUGCUGAUGAGACCCGAGUACCGCAGCAAGAUCGACCUCAAGUACAGGAAGAAGAUCGAGGCCAUGGUCCGGCGGCCGGACACCUCAGAGCUGGAGGAGGAGACCACGCCCUGCCCCUACUGUGGCUUCCAGCUGCCGGAGUGCGAGCUUCUGUGCCCCAGCUGCAAGAACAACCUGCCUUACUGCAUCGCCACGGGUCGCCACAUGGUGAAGGAGGAUUGGUCAGCCUGUCCCCACUGCAACUUCCCCGCCCUGCACUCCCAGCUUCUGGCGCUGCUGGAGACCGAGUCAUCAUGCCCCAUGUGCUCAGAACCCCUGAGCCCCGCCCAGGUACAGAAGACCUCCAACUGCUCUGCUUACCUGCAGCCGGAGGAGCUCGAACCCUGACCCCAGGGGUGACCAAUCAGCAUCCUUUACCCCAGGAAGGGGUUCCCUUUCUGCAGCCCGAUACCCAAGCGACCAUAUGUACAUUUCAGGCCCUAUUUUGUCAUUUACCGUGAUAUGAGAGAUGCAGCCUGUGUCAAUUCCUGGGUGAGUGAGAAGACUUAACAAUGCAGAGGUUUCCAUGUCUUUAAGCUUUAAACACAGACAGUCCUGAGCCAUGUAAAAUACCCUUUGCUUAUGAAUUUUUUUUCUGCUGAAAAGCUAGUUUUAUGUAUAAGCACUUUUCUAAGAGUCAAUUAUUAAACUUUGCUGGCACCGUUGUCCUGAGAUUAA